AAUUUAAACAAAAAGCAGUUAUUCAUUUCCACUUUUUAUAAAUCCACAGCGAGCCACUAGAGAGGGCAUAAAGAGAUGCAGGUUGCUGACCCCUGACGUAGCAGAUAUUUAAUAAUGUUACCAAAGAAUUACUAAACCUUUAUUUUGGUACCAAAAACCUCUGCUUUCAAAACUGUUUCCGGUUCAGCGGAACCGGUUUUUUUCUUCACAGGAUGAACUUCCGGGUCAAACCUGCUUCGAACUUCACACAGAUCACAACAGAUCCUGGUGGUGCGUUCAGGUCUGAUAUUAAACCUGAUGUGUUGACAGUAUUAACUCGUUUUAAUUAACCGAAUAGAAGCUAAUUACAUCAGACUAUGGCUGGUUUACCUCCUGGAGACCCGCAGCUCGUCUCAAUGAUCGUCAGUCAUCUAAAAACACAAGGUCUCUUCGACCAGUUCAGGAGGGACUGUCUGGCAGACGUUGAUACCAAGCCAGCUUACUUGAACUUGAAACAAAGAGUGGACAACUUUGUCUCCAAUCACCUUUCUAACCACACAUGGAGCCCUCAUCUGAACAAGAACCAGCUGAGAAACAACAUCAGACAACUCGUGCUGCAAUCUGGGAUGCUGGAGCAGGGAGUGGACAGGAUCGUGGCCCAGGUGGUGGAUCCCAAAGUCAACCACAUCUUCAGGCCGCAGGUGGAGAGGGUGGUCCGUGAAUUUUUGUCACCUGGCAGCUGCUCUGAGGAGCCACCACCGCCACUGCCUCCAACAGAGACCAAACCAGACAUCAGCAUUCCUGAGCCAGCCUCGUCGUCUGCUCCGGCUACCACUGCAGCCAGCAAUGCCAUGUCCAUCCUGGACACCAUCACCUCUCUCAACCAGGAGGCCAGCGUCAGGGCCAGCUCCGAUAAAGGACGUAGAGGACAAGACGAGCCCAUGCAGCUGGUGGAGGACGGCGAGCAGGACAUGAGUAUUGUUGAGGAAGGAGACAGCCACCAGGAUGGGAGGACACUGGAUAAGGCAGAGGAGCUGGCAUCAGAGGUCCAGGCGUUAGAAGUGAAGACAGAGGAUGUUCAGGAACAGGCGGAUCUGGGAAAAGAGGGGUUAAUAGAGGAGGUGAAGAUGGAAGAAGAGGAGUCAGGAGCUCAGGAGCAGACGGAGGAGGAGAGAGAGAAAGCUGCCAGCAAAACAACCGGAAAACCCACAGAGGAGAAGCAGGACGAUGACCUGCUGAAAUCUACAAGUCAGGCCAAGCAGAAAGCCAGAGAGAGGAUAAAGGAAGAAUACUUUCUGGAGGACUCUGACCUGGACGGCCUGAGCGACAUCACAGUUAGCUCUGUCCACACCAGCGACCUGUCGUCAUUCGAGGAGCAAAGUGACGAUGACGAGCUGCCGUCUGAUUCUUCUGAAGAGGGGGAGCUCCCAUCAGAUGAUGAGAAAGCAGAAAAGAAACAAGCCGGCGGGGACGCAGAAGAAGAAGAGCGUAAACCUCGUCGCAAGGCCUACGUUCACAAGCCCUUCCUCUACUCCCGUUACUAUAGCGACUCAGAUGAUGAAAUCACCGUGGAAGAACGUCGGAAAUCUGCGGCAAAGGACAAAGAGGAAAGGCUGCUCAAGAGACAACAGAACAGAGAGCGGAUGGAAGAGAGGCGUAAACAGAAAGCAGCGCAGGCUGAAGAACAAGAUCACAAAAAACAAAAGGGCGGAGAGGACGGCCCCAGAGCCAAGGAGGCUCGCAAAGAAAGGAAAGUUCUGGAGAAAAAAAUGGCACUCAGCAGGAAGAGGAAGCUAAACUCAAGGAAAGAGGGAGAUGUUUCCAGCAAAAAGAGAGGAGAUACAGAAGGAUCCAAGAAAGCGGAAGUGAAAUCUACUGCCUCAAAGCCACCACAACCCAAACUGAUAAGAAACCUGUCAGAAUCAGCAUCGUCUGAUGAGAGGCACAGAAGGAUGAGCGGCAACGUCUCCGAAGACUCCAAUGAAACCAGAAAGCUGUCCAACAAAAGCCGGACACACUCUUUCAUCUUGGAGUUGGAGCAGGGCUCCCAAGAGGCUCUCAAACAACGCACGGUUGGGAAAUUUGAUAGGAUGUCCCGUAAAGAGCUUCACUCUAAAGAACGCAAAGAGACAGAACGCAGCAUGUCAGAUGAACGCGCCAAACCCAAACAAAAGCAGGAGAAAAAAUCAGAAUAUCAGGUAGACGAAGGCGCUGCCGUUAAAGUGUCCUCUGAAGAGAAAGGUGAGAAGAAGCCGAAGAUUAAAAGUGAGAAGAAAAUGGCGGGAAGCACAAGAGAAGGAAAGUUGUCAGAAGGUGUGGCAGACGAGGGUCCUAAAGAUGCUGCUGUCAAGAAGACAAAAGCUCCAUCGACAGAGACUGUCAAAGUAGAGAAGGACAAAAACAGGGACAAGGAGAAAGAUAAGAGCAAAGAAAAGGAAAAGGCCAAAGGAGAGAAAACGUCAGCGAAAAGUGAUUUCAAGCAGCUGCUCCGCCCUGAUUCUGCCGGCUCUUCUGAGGAUCGGUCUGACAUGGAGCCCGGGUCCGACAGCAGCAAGAAGAAGGAGAAACACUCCAAAGAAGUCCUGAAAAGGUCAAAGAGCCACACCGAGGACAGACCGGGAGACAAACCCAAAUCUAAAACGGACAGCGAGAAGGAAAAGACUAAAGCAGAUCAAGACGGCCAGAAGCCAAACAAGUCCGGCUCUGAAACAGACAAAGAUCUAAAAAGGGUCAAGCCAACAGAAAAAGGGAGAGCUGUGGAAAAAUCUAAAUCCAAAUCCAAAGAGGAAACAAAGACUCUGUUGUUAUCGAAGACGGAUAAUAAAGUUCAGAGUUCAGGAGGUGCACCCAUCAGCAAACCCGAGGCAACAAAGGAGAAGAAAAAAGAGGGAAAUGCAAAGGAACAGCGGAAAGUCUCAGAGGAGCCUCUCCAUGAGAAACCAGAAAGUAAGAGUGCAAAGAAAAAAACAGAGAAGAAGGAUAAAGUCCCAGAAAAGAAAGAGGACAGCCAGGAGGAGAAGAAACCACCCAGAGAAGACAAACUGGAAAAACUGGAAAAGUCUGAUAAAUCCUCAAAAUCUUCAGUUUCUUCACUCGACGCAGAGGAGCAGCCGAAGAAACACUCUCUUCUCCAAGACGCCGGCACAGACUCUGACCCCGUCACCACCACCGUCACCACCUCGUUCUCUGACGAUACCUGUGACGCACUGAGCGAUAUCACCCCCGAGCCGCCGGAAGGUGAAACAGAGGCGCGACUGAGUGAGAUGCCAGUCGUGCCGGCCGAGGCCGACGCUCUGCUGGCUCUCAUGGACGUUUGUACGUCAGCAGAGGCACAACUUCCACCUGAGAGCAGUCGGGAGGACGUGAUCCCUGAGAUGACUCUGCAUGACGCUGAUAUGAAGAUGGCGGCUCUGACUCUGCUCUCCAUGGAUCCUGACAGCACCGUGUCCUCCACCUUAAUUUGUCACGAUACCAGGGAAGAACCAGAGGUGAGUCAGACCGCCCCACAGCUGAUGGAAACAACUGCAGCUGAGCAAGAAGAGCAAACAGCUGCUGAGUUUACAGCCUCUGAGCCGUCACCUGUUGCAUCUCAACAAACUGUUGAGCUUGAAAAACCAAACACUGCAGAUGUGUCUGAAAAGUCAGAGAAAGAAAUGGAUGUGGCCGGGGCUGAAAUAUCUGAGUCUCUUGCUUCACAGCAGGAUGACACCCCCUCAAAUGAAUGCCAGGCUCUUUUAAAUGAGGAUGAAGCCAAAGGUGCAGACAUUGCUGCUGAAACAAAGCCAGAUGGAAACAUGGCAGCUCCACCACCACCACCACCACCACCAGCAGCAGCAGCAGCAGCAGCAGCAGCAGGAGCAGCAGCAGCAUUAGCAGCAGCAGCAGCAGCACCAGCAUCAGCAGCAGCUCCACCACCAGCAGCCGCAGCAGCACCACCAGCACCACCAGCACCACCAGCAGCAGCUCCACCACCAGCAGCAGCAGCACCACCAGCAGCAGCAGCUGGUAAAGAAGCUGCUGAUGCUGUUGUGUCUGAAGAGGUCAGAGAAACCACGGAUGAAAGCACAAUUGCAGUUGCUUCUGAAGCCACUGAAGAGCAAACUGAGCCAGAUGUUGCAGACACAAAGACGAGCCCCAAGGCAGAGGAAGUGGUAGCUGAAGAAGACCAGGCCGACAUGGACGUAGAUAAUAGUGAAGCUGAGAGUAAGACCGUGGAGGAAGAAAAGGCUGCAACAGAGAAGAGUGAUCCACAAACUAUGGAACAAAAUGUCCCGCAGAAGACUGAAGAGAUCAGAGAAAGUGAAUCUGAGAGUCCGUCCAAACUGGUCAAACAAAUCAGUAAUGUCUCGAGCGCAGACAGCCAGGAAGAUGAGAAGGGAUCAGACGUGUCAGAAAAGGAAGAGAAGACGGAGGGACGAGGAAGACGCAAACGAAAGCUGUCCACUCAGAAAGUUUCAGCAGUGAAAGAAUCUGGUGAUGAGAGGGAUGAAAAGGAAAGUAAAGAGCAACCGUCUGCUGAGGAGACGGAUCAGGAGAAGGUUGUGGAGGUCAGAACACCACGCCGGGGUCGAUCAUCCAGAACCAGCGAGGAGGCAGAGAAGGAGCAACCUAAAGAACCUGAGACAUCAGAGGAGACUUUGAGCUGCGAGGGGGGAAGUUCAGGAGCUGCUGAUAAUCAGAAGGAUGAGAAUAAAGACGAGGAAGGCACCGAGAAAGAAGAGAGAACUGAAGAGGAAAGUGGACCAAAGAAAAUUGCACGGCGAGGAAGUCAAGUCAGUCUGCCGUCUCCUGUUCCAGAAGACACUGAAGUUGCAGGAGGCUCCGACUCCAAAGAGACCACCGACACACGUAAACCAGCAAUGAAGAGGAAGAGAUCUGAGGAAAUGGAGGAAUCUGAGGAGGCUGAAGAGGAGGAUAAGAAGGACGACAGUCAAGAGGAACAAAGCGAGCAACAACCUGACAGCGGUGAUUGUUCCCCGUCAGUGAGCCAGGCCGAGGGUGAAGAGGAGAUCUGCAGCGAGAAGAAACCAGAUGAUGUUGAGGAGGAGCAACAACAAGACGACCAAGAGACGACUCCAAAGAGACCCGGUCGGAGGGGACGGCCAGCGAAGUCAGCAGCAGCCACCGAGGAUCCUGAUAAAAAGGAAAAGAAGGCAGAGGAAAGCGAGCAGAAUGAUGAAGAGGAAGACGAUGACGGUGAGAAAGAUGGGGAAGAAAAAGGAGCUGCAACCAGAGCGACGACACGCUCAGCAGCUCGCCUGGAGGCUGAAAGAAACAAGCCAAGUAAACCAUCCACCCGGGCAAGUCGACAGAACGGUAAAGAGGAGACCGCAGCUGGCACGCGUGGGACGAGGGGCCAGGCAGCAGCAACGGCGGCGAAGGGGGGCCGCAAACGGGAGGCCAGCCCCCCUGCGGUGCGAACGCGGGGAGGACAGAAAUCAGAGGAGCCCCCUUCCAAGAGAGCCAAACGCUAAAAAACCUCAGUCAGCGGUGGACUGAUUCGCCCCAGCAGCGUUUUCUCUGCACUCCGUAUUCAAGUCAGUUCUGUUAUCGGGGGGUCAAAGAGCGCCUGCAGUCAGUUAAAGCUGUUUCUGCUUCAUUGACUGUAGAUAUUGAAAAGCUCUGGAGAGCAUUAGACUCUCUCCCCUCAGAUGGUUGAGUGUAAACCUGAGGAUCUGCGUAGGAAUACCUUCUACUGCACUACGCCAUAUGGUUUGGAUCAGACUUCAUCAUCCCUCCGUUUAUUCAGUAAUGCCCAGUGAAUCAGAGUGUUUCAGCCCAAUCAAAGGCCUAACGUGCAGCCGAGAUAAAGAGGGUGAAUUGAAUUUAGAGGCGAGGGUGUGUCUCAGUUCCUGCUGAGAAACACUUGUACAUAGAAAUCACUGUGAAGCGUCCUCAGUGUUCACAGUGAGUUUUAUUUUUCAGUAUUCAUUCUGUGAAUGAAAGAAGUUUUCCUUCCACUUUUUUUAAGUUUUUGUUUUUAUACUUAAUAUUCAGAAGGUAAGAAGGUGGUUUAGUUUUUUUUUAAAUAACAGCAGUAUUCUUCACAGACAAGAAAAACACCAACAGUUUCUCUAUAAACUGAAUCUUCUCCAUGACAUAUUUGUUACAACACACGCUGAAGACAAACAACUGUUUCUUACUGUCUAAAUGGAGGUAAUCUAGUUAUUUGUAUGGUUUUAGAGUUCACUGUAUCUCGAGAAUGAUGUUGGAUAUCUUGCCUACCUGUCAAUGUAAAGACAUGUUUUUUCAUAAAUGUUAAAAUACAGAA